AUAACAAGUUAAGGAUAAUUGACUUAGAUGUCAAUUGAACGUGACUUGAAGACAUUGAGAAAAUAAUUUAUUCGGUAAAAAAGUAAAAGAUCAGUCGGGUCAUUUAUACAAACGUGCGAGAUCACGAUGUCAUUGUGUCAGUGUAUAUACGAGCGGUAUGAGGGAUCCGGGAUCCGUAUCCCCCUGUCACUUUCUUAACCUCUCCACUGCUCGCGUUCUACGAAUGUCCCGGUGUUUUUGGUGCGGUGACUGGUGCAAUAAUCGAUUAACGGUGAUUUAAUCGGGCGAGAACAAUAAUAUGAUGUCGCGGUCAGUGCGCGCAGAGACUCGUAGUCGUGCCAAGGAUGAUAUUAAACGAGUUAUGCAAGUAGUUGAUAAAGUUCGUCACUGGGAAAAAAAAUGGGUUACUAUAGGAGAAACAACUAUGAAAAUUUACAAAUGGGUUCCAAUCUCAACACUUGAUCAGAAGAAAAAAGGAAAGACAGUUUCUGAUAAAGAAAAUGGUUUAUCAAGAAAAGGAGGAAUAGAUUCUUCAAAUUCUAACUUUGGUCUAACUGAGGAUUCCAAUACAUGUUUCUCCACUGUCAGUGAUUCUCAAGGGUUGACAGACUUCUCUGCCCAUUUGGGAUUUUCAGAAGACUCAAAUUCACAAAAUAGUGAGCCUACACCUAAGAGAUUGAAGACUGACUAAUGUUCAAUCUAAUACUGACAUCGCUAUUGUAUGAAGAUCGACACAUUUAGGAAUUGCUAUUUCUUUUGUGAAUUUGCACUUGAAUGCAAUCGACGCUAGUUUCGACCUCCAUCGGAGCAUUGUUACCGCCCAAGUCCGUGCGCACCCAUCCUGGAUGUAAACACGUUACCAAGAUUCCGUCGGCUUUUAGAUCGAUGCUCAUUGACUUGGUUGCUGCGUUAAGUGCGGCCUGUGAUUCCAAAUGAAAUUACAUAAAAUAUUUACUUUGAGAA